GGAGUACCUGCAGCAGCAGAGAUCACAGACUUACCAAAAGAAACAAGGGAUGUUGAAAUCACCGUAAAAUGGAAAGAGGCUGAAAACAAUGGAGCACUUAUAACCCGGUACACUGUGUACCAAAGAACUGUCCGUGAGGAUGGCACAUCAUUCAGUUGGAUCAAAACAAAGGAAAUUACAGAUACUUCAGAUCGUAACGUCGUUGUUAAUUUGGAAAAAGGCAAAGAAUAUGAAUUGGUAGUUACUGCUACAAACAUGUUUGGAGAAGGAAGGAAAGAAGAGGGCAAAAUUAGGAAAAUCACAGUGUUGGGAGGUAACUAGGUGUAUUAUGGCCCCGGUAUCUUAACUCUCUUUACGCUCUUUGUGUUAUUUUAAAAUGUCCACCCACCCAAGGCCACAGAACGUGGCUCGCUGCCGAUGAGAACCUACAGUUUUAAUGACGGUGAAAGAUUUACAUAAUAUAUAAUGAUAACUUUAUUUUCGUGUUUACGUCAAUGAUAUUAGCUUUACAGUAAGUUAUGAUCAAUAACGAUUUCUUAAAACAUAAGCAAGCGAAUAUUAACGUUAAAAGUGGGCGUUUCGGUAUCAUCAUGACACCAUUCUCAAGGCAAAAUGAAUAAAUAAUGCGAAGAUUUGAACAAAUAAAUAAUGCGAACAUAACUCGGACGUACCACCUUUUCUUUCAGAACAAUUUCACGUGCUCACUAAAGGUUCUAACAAAUUUGAUUGCCUAAUUAAGGAGAUGCUCUUUAUAAGAAAACUCAAACCAUCCCUAAACGUGCAGGCGGACUCGAUUCGCGCAAAGGUAUUCACUUUAAGAACUUUGUUAUUAUGCUAAUUUGUAGAAACUAUAGAAAUCAAAUCUUCGCAUUAUUUAUUCAUUUUGCCUUGAGAAUGGUGUCAUGAUGAUACCUAAACGUCGGCUUUUAACGUUAAUAUUCGCUUGCUUACAGUAAGUUAUCUUAGGAAAAUUACCUGCCGUAAACCAAAGUUGGCUACAAUGUAAAUAUGAGUAUGAAAGCACACUAACUAAAUUGCAUAGCAAUGUAUAAUUUAUCAAUGUUUAUGAUUAAUUUAUAAGAAAAAAAAAAGACAAACAUUCUUUUCAUCGAGAGGUCGGACUUUGAAAAUACUGACUUUUUGUUCUUUACCCCAUACAUUGUACUAUGCUAUCGGCCGCCAUUUUAAAGUACCGUCUUUAAUCGCUGACUCUAUUUUGUAGUUUUUUUCUGGUUUAAACGUUAUGCUCUAAAAGUGUACUCUUGUUAAAUAAGGAAGAACAAGAAAAUUUUCCGGAGAAGUAACUUUCCAACCCUGUAAAAAUCUGAACAGUAACAUUUCUUUGCGCGAAAGGUGUUCCGUCAGCAGUGGCCUUCACAUACGAAUUAAAUGCUGAUGAAAUAACCUUGAAGUGGGAUGAACCAAACAACAACGGAGCAGAAAUCACAAUGUAUACUGUGUAUUAUGGAACCCUAAAUGAUGAGCAGUGGGAGGAGACUGAAAAGAUAACUGAUGUCUCAGUACGUAAAUACGUUGUGAAAGUCGAAAUAGGCAAGAAGUGUAAAGUACUAGUAACAGCAAGCAACAAGUACGGGGAGAGUUCCAAGGACAGCAAGAUACAACUUGUUGACGUACCUGAAGGUAGGUCAAGCGCAAGGUUAACUGAAGGAGUGUAUGCUCAGGGAAAGAUAUAGUAGAUCACUCAAGUACUUUUCUGUAGUCACUAAACAGUCAACUUGAGCUUCGUAUCGCAACUAUAGUGCUAUUCAGUUUAAGGGAAUGCCAACGAAAAAUUGUAGAUAAAACGCUGUUCACAAAACUAGUCAGCAACUCCGACUUUGCGGCAAUGGUACCCUUAUCCAUUGAACCAUGCAUGAAAUGUGAAUCAUUCAUGCUUUAUAUAGACCAGUCAGUUAGUACCAAGAUAGGAUUGGUACGACAAUAAUCAUUAAAAAAAGUAACUUAGAAGGAGAUGGUUGCAAGAGUAGUGACCGACGGAGAAUAUCGAAAGGCGUAUUUAUAUAAUUUGUAAGGGCUCAAAUAGCAACCUCGCUAACUGAGCAGGUUUAACUGUAUAGAGUGUUUUCACAUGACGUCACGUCGGCCAUAUUGGUGUCCCAAAACAAUGAAACGGCGGCCAUGUUGGUGUCCCAAACUAGUCCUGUGGGAGAUGAACUCUUUUCUUAUGCAAGUGAUUUCUUUUGUUCCAAAACAUUUGCAUAGAUGCUGGCCACGUGAGUGAAAACACUCUAUAUCAUUCCCAUGUAACUCUUUAGAAUGACAGCGUUGUUAAAUAUUUCUCCCAGGUUCCUUCAAACCAACAGGAAGCCAAACGGGUGAGUUGCUGUUACUCAUGAAGGUGGAAAGAGAACCAGAAUUAAACUACACUUGUUCUCACAUACAUUAGUGCUAUACUUCUUUUGCUUCAGUAAAAUUAGAAACGUUUGAAGGGCAACAAUUGCAAUAUAUUACAAUCCAGGCUGUUCACAGGCAAUUGGACAAUAUCUUCUGUAUUCUCUCUUUCUACUUGUAGCUUUAGGAUAGUGCAUGUGUAUCUGUCGCUGCGCUAUUGCUUACAACUAACAGCAAACAUUUUGUGUUAGGUUCCUCGUGUGGUAAUCAAAAAGAAAUUCUUCAUGCUGUUUAUAUUACCAUCAUCUGUCUUUUGUUAAUAAGUAAUCUUAUUCUGAUAUUCGUCGUCUGCCGAAUGCGCACCCGUUCAGGUAAGUCGGUUUUUUAUGUUAAAACCAUUGGUCUUGUUUCUAGUUCUUUUACCGAAUUCGCCACGGUGACUCUACAUGCUGACACGCGAUGAUACAGGACUAAAGCCCCAAUGGAUAUAUUAACCCCUUCAUUACCCACUUAGCCCAUCAACCCAUUCAUUACCCACCGAGCUGUUGAUAUAAGCCCAGUUUGUUUUCCAAGGCGUUAAGAUUUGUUUUUUUUUUGUUUUUUUAAUUCUUAGACCUUCGUUUAGCUUUAAUACUGGAUUUUAGAGGCUUUUCCCAGUUUUCGUUAAAAUUAUAAAAUACCAGAUCCUGCUGAAGAGUGAGCGCGGCCGUAAUUAAUUUCGCAUGGUACGUUAUCAAUGUGGUUACAAAGAAAAAUGUAGUAGACGUGAUUCCUUAAGAAAAAUCCCUGAAAGGCUUGGUAAUUGCUGCGAGGACUAGAUAGAGAUACUCACGCCCUGUAUUUUGUAUUGAGCCCCAGAGAUAUCAGUCAAGAACUAGAUGUUAAAGUGUUUAAAAAUUUAACAAGGCUGAAAAUAUUUUUUUUUCAGGAAAGUUACGGGCGAAAAAGUAAGUAAUUUGUCUUAUUGUUAUCCUCGUAGUUUUCUCGGAUUCAUCGCCCCUGCGAAAAUAUAGAAAGACAAUGUACGCGCGUUUCAGCGACAAACUUGUUUAGGAAGAAUUAUUGCCCCCGCAGGGAUUUCGCCCAGAAGGCGAAAUCCCGAGGCGAGGAAGCACUCUAGUAACUCGCGCGUAUAUUAAGGUGUUUCGAUACGGUUUUUCAGAGGCCAUACCGAUAUUUCUCAAUCGCCUUAAGAGUGGUUUUUUCCUUGUCCGAUUGCUAUUAAAAUUUUCACCGGUAACUGGCUAUGGAUUGAAAUAUGUGAAAAUGUAGUUUUAAAGGGAACCUCCACUCUUACUACAGAAUAAGUUUAAAUUGAAUAAAAUUAUGUUGAUAAACAAAUUUGUUCGAAAUUUGUCCUUAAAAAAGUGUUUAUAUCAGAAAAAGUGAAUUUUAGAAUCGCUUAUUUUCACUUUCAAAUUUCGCGGGCGCCGCCAUCUUGAAUAAUUGUGACGUGUUAUGGUUGCUCUAAUGUUCUGACACAUAGAGCUUUUGUUUAAUAACAAUAGGGCAUCCGUAACACUUCACAAUUAUUCAAGAUGGCGACGCCCGCAAAAUUUGAAAACAAAAAUAGGCGAAUCUAAAAGUUAUUUCUUUCGGAUACAAACGCUUUCUUUAAAAAUAUUUUAGAUUGACUUGACUGUAACAGUUAUUUCCUGUGAUUUAAAGUUAUCUUUUUGUUGAAGUGGAGGUUCCCUUUAAGUCAAAUCGACAUUACUAUGACAACAAUAAACAGAAAACUUUGAAAUUGAUAAAAGCCGAAUUUUGUGUGAUCUAGACAUGCUACUGAAAAUCCAACACUAAGAACUUAAAGUCUGGUGUUUAGCAAACAAUCUGCGUAAGAAGUUAAAAAUUCUGUAUGUUUCGACUAAAACGAAGAUAUAUUUCAAACCUUAAAUUUUCAAUAGCCGUGAUAGAUUAUUUAAUAAAAACGUUAUAAAUGACUCAAAUUAUUCUUAAGUAGCGUCACAAUGCUGCUUAAUAUCAUAUUUUGAUGCUAAGAAAUUUUGAUGUAUUUUCGUUCUUGCGACCUUGAAAACUAACCCGUUUUCUCACCAACUGUACGCAUGUAUAAGUGCCGACUUCAUUCAAAAUUUGGACUCUUAGCGCUUUUUUGUAUAUCUCUGAAACGACUCCAUCUAAUUUUUUUUUUAAAUCUCUUCAAAUAAUCUUCAUUAUGUAUAUAAUAAUGUCUGAAACUUUCAUUAAGAUUGAUUCACUGUAACACCUUGAAAUUUCAAGACAAACCUAUCCUACGAAUCUGUCAAAAAUCUGCGUUUUGACGUUAUGCUAAUUUUUUCAAAAUAACGCGCACUGUACAUACCUCCAAGACUAGUACAUUUUAGUUUGAAUUUAUCGCACCUUUUGAAUGUAACGCAUUGACAAUACUCGCCCUGAAAUGUACUGGUCAUGGAUAUAUGUAUUUGACUGGUCCGUAGGAUAGGUUUGUUGUCAAAUUUCAAAGUGUUACAGUGAUUUAAUCUUAAUAAAAGUUUCAGACAUUAUUCAGCGGGCAAUUUUACGGCGUUGUUUUUUCAUGGCGGCAGGCAAUAAAAAAUUUUCAGCGGGCAAAUGCGAUAGCUACUGCGUAUGAUGCAAAUGAAUAUCCACCCGACGAUUGGUUGAAGACUGGAUGAGCACGGGACUCACAAACACGCACGUGGCUCAUGGAUUCUCUGAUCUGUACGUGUUCGCUCGAAAACAAUGCAUUCUCUGUCUUGCAUUACGUCAAGUUGCAUUACCUCUGGAACAAAUGCGCACGGCUCUAUUAGGUGGCCGCCUAAUAGAGCUUGAACUCAGUAGCAAUUUUAAAUGUUUCAACUUUACCACUCCCUUAGUCAGUUGUACCACCAGUACCGGAGUGUUUAACUCCAAUCUAAGCAAAGAUUGUUUCUAAUAAGGGCACUAGCAUAGGCAAAGGUUAUGUGGCUUAUGCACCUAUCAAUGUAAAUCCCUUGGGGGGGGAGGGGGAGUGCGGGCAAUGGGUGGGGGAUUUGAUGCCUGAGACUAUCUCCCUGUCGGGCUUUUGAUCGUGCGAAGCGACCCCGGGGUCGGGACAUUCGACUUUGACCGACAGAAGCCUGGUUUCAAUAGGACAAUUGCACGAUGACGUCAUUUUACUUCAACUACCAGAAUCCUUGAGUUUGUUGUUUUCUUGUGCAAAUUAAGGCUAUUGUUCCUUAAUCCUCAGCGGGAUUGACAAAUUUAAAUAACAAAGCAAAACCGAAUUGAAUUCUGGUAGUUGUAGUCAAAUGUCGUCAUCGUGCAAUUGUCCUAUUCAGAGGCGGUUAUCAAGUCCGUCCAUCGAGGCUUUCUGAAAGUCACGCUGUUGGAAAAAGGUGUGAAGUUUUCAUUUGUUUUAAUCACCAUAAUCCGAUAUUUUAAACUGUCAUCUAAACAGAUAAUGUCUAUUUUGAGAAAGUUUUUAUCUUCAAGUUCCCAUCUGAUUGUAAAACUCGAUUGAAAUCGAAUUCCACCAUGAAAGUCAGAGGAUUUUUUUAUGGGUCACUGAUCCGACCUGUUCCGAGAUGUUGAGCAGAUGUUAUAAAGCAUUUUACGUUUCAUUAAUAUUAUAAUAGCACGGUCAAUCUUCCUAGAGUGAUUUUGUUGUUUAAAAUAAGAGAUGCUAGUGGAGAGAGAAAAUACUUAAUUACAGCGAGUAAUUUAACGGAGCUUACGUUUAGUAAGGACGUACUUUUGAAAUGUUCUUUUAAUUCGUUUUAUACAGUAUUAUGGGUUUGUUUAGAUUUUUCCCCUGGGGUGGGGGCUUUUUUGACACUAUUGAUUGACCUUUCGUUUCCCACCCUGGAACGGCUUGGAAACUAAAAUUUGAUACCAUUUUGUUUCGAAUGAGGGUAUGGGCAUGAUUUUCAGUUGAACAUGCCUAGCGAGCGUAAAAAUCGCAUCCAGUCUGAGGAUUAAUGAGACAGGGAAAAUUCUAUAUAUUUAGGCAUGACUAAAUUCAAGGGAACAUUGGCACUUAGAAAUAACAUCUCAUAGGCAUGGAAAAAAUGGGUUCAUUCCCUCGCAGCCCAAAAUCGACUCAGCUAAACUUAUUAUGCCGAUCGUGAAGCCAGUUGGUUUGGCAUGCCCGGCAUGCCGGGCAUGAAAUUGGCAUGCCCAGCGAGACUGAUUUUGAUGUUCGCUUCAGCAUCAUAUCCUGAGAAUCACAUAUAAUCGCCAAAUAUAUCUUAGGGAGCUUGAAGUUACAGGUUUCAUGCCUGGCAAUAAAUGCAGAUUAUAACAAAAAAAGUCACAAUGUGUGUCACGGGAUCGACUAGCAAAACUGAAGACAGAAGCCUGGAUUUAUAAAUAAAAAGCACAACAAAACAACAUUAUUCAUGCAUGAAAUAGAAUACGUCACUUGUAAUCAAAGAUUAAUCCUUUUAUUUCAAACCAAUACUGACAUUUCUGGGUCCAGAUUAGAUCGCGGAAAAGCGUUUUAAACAAUAAGAUAACAAAUCUUCUCAGUAUAAACUUAUCCAUGAUUAAGUUUUAUCGCGUCGGAACGUUUCCCGGUCAACAGCAUUAAAAGACGGGUGAAAAUUAAGCUUACCAGGUCCUUCAAGUCAGUACCAGAGUACGACGUUAAUACUGCAAAGACGUUCUGAUUUGGUGAAUUUGUCCUGCCUUCUCAGAGAGAUUUUGCUUUAGUUUUCAGUGCGCUUCUUGUCGGUUAUGCGAAUCUCGCAAACUGUUUUACUCCUUGCAUGCUGACGAUAGUCCUUUGAGCAACGUCAUCUGCUUCAUCCGAAGAUACCCCGAGCAGGCACGAAAUCGGCCGAAUUUCCGCAGAAGUGUUUUCGGAUGACGAUGAAUCUAGUUUAAUUUGUUGUAGCGUGGCAGUUGUGGCGUCACAAUGUCGUCAUGUCUCUUCGCACUUGUUUGUCUUUUUUUUCUGCGGUGCAUGGUUGAGAUGUUGGUGAAUGCUGGACAAGAAAUGGAUUCUGCGAGAGACUGUAAGUACAAAUUUAGUAUUAAUUUGGUAAAGAAAAAGACUGAAUAUCGAACAAAUCCCGUGAAUUAGCCUUUUGGCAUUCAGUUUAUCUUGCUGUUGAGCAUGCCUAAGAACGGCGCCGGCAUACGUGGUUGUCAACUCGCUCACUUCGGAUUGUUUCUGUUUGUACGUCUUGUAAUCUUCUUCUGCUGCUAAGAAGACUAGAGAAAACUUCAAAAAUAUAGAAACCAAAGCUACAAAAAGUCAGAUCUAAUUUUAUAUCUCGAGGAUAAUUAUUUUUGGCACCUACGGUCAUAUUUUUUCACUCAGUGUACUGGUAAAGUUACUUAUUUUGCUGCAUAGUUUGACUGUUGUUUGAAGGACAAUCAAACGGAUAUUACAAUCACUUUUGGAGACAAAAUAAAAUAUCCGUAAAUCAAAUGCCAAAAUCAGAUUUGGAUUUCGCUUUAAAAAAAUGAACAUGCUGCAGGUGUCAAUGCAAAGUUGUAAACAACUCAAUAUAAGCAAUCUGUGAAUGUGCGUUUAGGUCUGUACCGCCACCGAAAUGAUCCCCACCAUCGAAAUGAUCCCCGCCACCGAAAUGACCCCCAAUCACCACCGAAAUGAUCCCCACCACCGAAAUGAUACCUAUUCGCAAUCGAAAUGAUCCCGUCAUAAAUUUUCGGAACCUUGGCUUAAAUGGACUUGGGACUUUGCUAUCUAUUCUAAAUUAUUCGUUUAUUCAUGCAAACACGAUUCUAAACAGAGGAAAAUAGAGAAAGCAAUUAGACUGAUAACAGUUCUAUACACUGAUUUUAUUUUCAAUAUUUUAACAUUUUUUUAAGGAACUACAUAAAUCCGCCUUGAACAGGGAACAGGUUUAUCAUAAUUAUAACGUGAUAACGAGCAGAUUACAACUAGUUUUGCUUUAAAAACUUAACGGUGUUAGAGCAUGCUGCCGGGCUAUAAAAUGUCAGCACAUUUUGUCACACUAUUUUUUAUGUCAGAAAGAAAUCCACAGAUAUAAAUGUCGGCUCACUCCAUGACAUCAGGGUGAGUUUCCAUGUACUGGCAAAGGCUGCACAAAGUCAGCACAGCAGAAAAAUAAUUGUGAAUGACAGAAUAGUUUUCAUGAUGUUAAUGAUUUGAGAUGACAGCUACAGCAGCCAGUGCAAGUACCGAAAUUAAUUGGAAAGCACGUGUUGUAAUGUGAGCCUGUAACUGACGUCAUCACUGUCGUCAUGAUAUCAUCAGCACAAUUUGACUUAUUUUGCUUUAAUGCAAUAUAAAUAAAUAAAAAGCACGCACUAAAUUGUUGUCCAGUUUUUCUAGUCCCCUUAAUUCCAUUCCUGAUAUUCCGGGGAUCAUUUCGGUGGUGACCGCCGGUAUCAUUUCGGUGGUGGGGAUCAUUUCGGUGGUGAUUGGGGGUCAUUUCGGUGGCGGGGAUCAUUUCGAUGGUGGGGAUCAUUUCGGUGGCGGUACAGGGUCCGACUUUUGAAUCACAAAAUGUUCACGUUUGCGGGCUCUACUUUAAAUGAACAUGGUUUUUGAAAUGAUUUUGUACUAUUUUAAGCCGAAAAUUAUGAUUGGGUUAUAAAGCUUUUAAAACGGACGACACCUUAUCUGCUUAAAUAUGAAACUGUUGUUCAAGUGUCAGUCAAACUCGGGAUAAUCUUGACUUGCAAACCCAAAGGCAAAGGUUUAUUUCGCGGUAGAAGAGCGUGUAAACAUCAUCGAACAACGCAAUGUAAAUUCGCUAAUGUGAAACCACGUUUCUUUCACUUUAUCUACCAUGCAUUUAUCUCAAUUGCACACUCUUGUGAAAUUAGCCUCAGACAAUUAGUUGCGACCUUUAACAGACUCAACAAGCCAGUAUGAAAAUAUCUUAAGAGAAGCUGAGCUCUACAUGUUCUAUUUCUUUUUUCAUAUUGCCCUUGCAUGUGUUAACAUUCCAUUUCUUUUUUGUUACAGGUAACUUCCAGACAUGACGAGGAGAUAAUUACUUUUCUAGAGAGCAAUUCUUUGAUACUGUCAGUUAUUACUGACUUACUUUGAGUUAAAAACAAAGAACACAGACACUGGUAAUGACACAAAAACAUUAAUCCCUGGCAAGGCUACAAAACAAGAAAGAGGAACUCAGACUCCUCAUCAAAAUGUGAAACGAGAUAAAAACAACUUUUCUAACGUUGGGAAAAUUGCGUUAGAGAGAUUUGUAAUUGCAACGUUAUAUUCAAGCACAAUGCAUUGUCAAACAUCAUAAUUUACUGAAUAAUGAACAGUGAUUUUGGAGCUUAGCUCAUUUUGUAAUGAACUUUGAAAGAUAUUCUAUAACCUUGUAUUUUUAAAAGCUUUCAUGGAACAUAGAUGCAUUUUAUUAUACAAUGAAAAUAGUCUCUGUCUCUCUUUUUACUGAUUUCAGUCAAUUUCAUUUUAUUCGCAAUGUGAAAUGGGAAUCCUAUUAAAGACUCAUUAAAUGGGGUGAGGAGUUUUUACAAUCCCUCAACAGGUCAUCUCCACGAUGACGCUGUUUUAUUACUACGGCAGAAUCCCUCCGGGUUUUACUUUCUUGUGAAAAUUAGAGCUUUUGUUAUUUAAACUUCGCUGAGACAACCAAAUCCAUGAAAAUGAAAGGAAUAGCAAUGACGUCAUCGUGUAACCGUACAUCAAAAGAUAAGCACGGUGAUCUGUUUAGUUUUUUUUUUUUUAAGCCAGGCUUAAAAUAUCGGUAGAUUCAAGGAAUUAUAACCUGUGCGUUGAGAGCAUGCCAGAGACCGAUUUUGGCAUGCCCGGCAUGGUACGCCCGGCAUGCUAGAGAAUUUGGCAUGCCGGGCAUGUCAGAAAAUUUGGCAUGCCCGGCAUGCGGGAGAUUUUGCUGGGUAUGAAUUACUUAUUACUAGAACCUAGGCUUCUUGCGGCCUGGGUGAGAAGGUCACGGAACCUCAAAUUAUGCUUACAGGGCAUGCGAAAUUCUGUUGCAUGCCAAUUUCAAUGUAAAACCACUCUGGGGCCACCCCCUCUAUUACUAGUGAGCAAAUCAUUGACGAUAGGCAUGGGAAAAAUCCUUGCAUGCUAACGAACAUUGAAAACGUAGCAGAAAUGUCCUCAGUUGCUGAGUCAUGCCCUAGGGGAGGCUUUAAAAUACAGAAUUUCCUGACAUGGAUGAGGGAAUUUUCCGUAAACAGCAUGUGAUCAUGCCGGCUAGGACGUAUUGCCUCCGUAUUGCCCCUUUUUACAGCUAGCUAGGCUCAUUUUUAGGUUCCAUGCCCUGAAAUGACGAAAAAUUCAUGCCCUAAAUGUAAAAAGUCCAAAAACGUCCUCGAAAUUUUAGUUUCCAAGCCGUUCUGGAGAAUUUGAUUAAAAAAUUGUAAAAUUUGUCAAAUCCCCACCCCUUGCCCCCCCCCCCCCCCACGGGGUUUCCAUUGAUAGGUGCAUUAACAGACAGAUAGAGCAAACUUGAUAGCGUCUCGUUGGCGCAAAGUUUAAACUAAACGUUUUUCAGUACUAUUUACUUUCUUGCCAACAGAAAUUGUCCAAGAUGUGGAGAUCUUCUAGCUAUGGCAAGUUAAUAAGUUAUUGCUUGCGAAGAGUAUUUGUGUACAACGUAUGGAAUUUUGGUCUUCGAUGGAAAUAAACCAGUGGCCACUUACCAGGGUGGGGUGGGUGGGUGGGGGGUAAUCGAAAUCCCCUUGUUGCUUUUCCUUGUCAAGCUCUUUAUUUUAACCAAAGAUGUGCCUACGCCGAACGUUAGAUCAUGAGAUAGGACCAAGCAUAACAAAACAUCGUUGCCCGGACAACAUACUUCUGAGGUUCUCUACUCAUUUUUUCAGCGGAUAACGGAAAGCUUUAUUAGAUGCUUCGCAAAGCAUCAUUAUUUGGAGAAAAUACUUCUGACGGUCUCCUCCCCUUUUUUUAGCAAAUGACAGAAACCUUGAUUGGACGCUCCGUACGAAACUUGAACUCAAAACAUUUAUUUUCGACAUUUGCCACUAAAUGAUAUUUAAGACAAAGAGUUUUACAGCGUAUUAAUUCAUUUAAUUUAUUCAAUCAUUUGUCUCUUUAAUUGUAUGGUUACUUAGAGGCCUCUUUUAAAAAGACACUUUACAGUUCAGCGUUGUUUAUUUUUUUGCCGCUGAAUCUUACCACACUAUGUUUGACAACAGAAUCCCAUUGCCCUUAAAGUAGAGGCUGAUACACAAUCCCUUGAUGUGGAGAAAACGUUUGAAGCCCCGACCUAUGCAUCCACAGCAAGUACAAAUUACAUGCCACUUCAUACCUCAACGAGGAGCUGGGAGAUCAGUCGCAGACAGGUCAACAUAGUUAAAGUCAUUGGUAAAGGAGCUUUUUCAUACGUUGCCAAGGCGACAGUAAACAACAUGCGUGGAAGCCAGGAUAACUUGACAGUAGCAGUAAAAAUGCUUAAAGGUGUGGUGUAAUUCAAUGUGUUACGACUAAUAUUUAAAGAUUUGGCCUAGUUUAAGUCCAAAGGUAGCCAAGAUCAAUACACUGUAUUUAAUAAGACAUCGUUCAGGUGGUGGAAUUGAUACAAACACAACAAAAAAAACCAAGCGGACAGCUAGAACACUGAAAAAGGGUCACUACAGCAAAAAGAUCACCGUAUUAUAAGUAAGGGACUGUGCAAUAAUUGUCAGGAGGAGGGGCUGAAAAACUAGAGUUAUCUAACAAAAACUUAGACAGUACCCCCCCUCCAAAACAAAAAAAAUAGUUCUAACCCCCCCUCUGUUAUGUUAAAAAUAACGUCCCCCCACCCUCCCACCACACUGGUAAACUCAAAACUGGACUGAGCUGCCAUCACAGCUUCAAUAAUGACAAACAUUAUUAUGUAACAUAUAGCAUCGAGAAGGAUGUUGAUCGCUUGAUUGAAGAUUUAGACAAAGCUUUUGCUAAGUACAGGGGUGCUUACCACAUUGGCUCAAAAUCUAAAACGUCUGAAGCCAGAAAGAGAAAGGGGCAGAAAAAAAAAUUAAAGAACAGGAGAUUGAACGCUUCAAAUAACAGACGAAAAAGAGCUUGCAUUAUGUUUAGAUCCUUGGGAGGAGAGCUUGUUGAACUUUGUUAUGAGCCACAUAUAUGGAAUUCAGCAAAUCGAUUAAGUCGAUGAAGAAACAUUACUUUUAUUCACAUCAAAAACCGACAAAGCUUGUCUACGAGAUCUGUUUGAUUCCCAUUGUUUUAUGGGGGAAGCUGAAAAACAAGUUCAUGAUUUUUGCUUUACAUAAGAUCAACUCAAUUAAUUAGAAGACGGGUUAAAAUUGAUCAGUUGUGAAUUUGCUUUUCAUUUUGAUGGAAUAUUUUCAAUAAUCGUUUAACAGCUGUUCGUGUUGAUAUUUGUUACAGUCUAUCAUGAUAUCUGUAUUGAGAAUCUUUUAUUGCGUUUAAUUUUAUUUACAUUUCGAAUGAAACUUAAGGCCCCCCCUCCGUCAAAUGAGUGAUUUUACUUUGAGCCUCCCCUAUCUUGGCGGCAAUUUUAUGUAACGCCCCCCCUCUAGUUUUUCAGCCCUCCCCCCUCCCCCCCUCCUGAUAAUUAUUGCACAGUCCCUAAUGGUGAAAAAUUAAGAGCGACUUUCUGAAAAUACCACGGAUAGGUGUGCAAGAUGAAAAAAUCGAAAUCCCCCAAACUUUGUCACAACAAAGCCCUUUGGAAACUGUUUUAGAAAAUAUAAGACUCAGUUCGUUCGACUUAAUAUUUUCCAAUCAGUCGUUUUCACCUUCAAGAGGACUUCAAACCACCGAAAAGUGUGAUUGAUACCCUCGCUUCGUGAAAGGAAGCAGAAACUAAUACCAAUACCUCUCUUAUAUUAAACAAUUUCAAGAUCCUUCCUUUCCAUCUAAACGUUGUUACAAUUUCAAAGGCUUUCAAUCUGAUUUUUUAAUAUUUUUUCAAAAUUACCCUCUAAAUCAGCAUUAUCGCGACCAUCAAUUUUGCUAUUUUUCAACGGUGAAAAUCCCUUCCUGGUACAUGGCUUUCAUUAGAAAAAAGGUAUUCCAGAGAAGGAGCAAUGCUUCCCCUAUCAAUCUGUGAAAUAAAAUUCUAGGGCAAUUUAAACCGCGAGUUUUUACAACUGGAAACAUUUACGGUACUCGCGUGAUUUACGACCUUUGAACUUGCAGUUGUAUUGAUGACUACAAGCGAGAACUUAGAUAGCACUUGAAACUCUAGAGCAAAUUCUCCCUUUUCCGCCAGUUUAAACACCAAAAACGAUUCUAGAUUUCACAGUGCGGAAAUUUUCAAAAGGAAAAGCAACUUUAUUGUGCGAAAGUGAGGUAUGAAUAUACUACUUGACUACUAGGCUUUUGUACAUUAUGCUAGCAUUUUUUCGAGCAUUUUAGUGAGGCAAAAGCAUUGAGCAUUAUUCGAGCAUUUUAACGUUUUUUAGGAGCCCAUGCCCCACGAGCUCCUUUCGUUUUUAAAGAAAAUGAAGACUAAAACUCAAAAUUCACAAAAAACCUAAUACAGCUGUUUUUUUGGCUGUAUUUAUGAACUCGUACACGUUGUCGUUGUUACUUGCAACACUUGCACGUUUUUGUAACUGUAAACUUUGAAAUUAAUUUAAAAAACCGUUUGUAUAAUGAGCAUUAUCCGAGCAUUUUAGUGACUUUUUUGGGGAGACCGAGCAUUUUAGUGGGAAAAAUGGAGCAUUAAGGUGGAGCAUUUUAGUGGAGAAGCAAAAGCAUAAAUGUACAAAAGCCUAUUGACUACAACACUUCCCUUACGUGAGUAUUUGUUUACUUUUACCGUAUUUGGAACAGGUAUCAUUUAUGUACAAAACACAAAACGGCUUUAGUGCCAGUAGCUAUUCUAUAAAAGGCUCUCAUUUCUCAUGAAACAAAUCGUUAUAGCUAUAAAAAAAGGGAAACAUUUUGACCUACCUCACAUUUUUUGACAACAGACCCGAAUCCUUUACUGCCUUUAACGAAACGAGAGAUUGCUUGACAAAGAACUUUGAGACCCAGGUUAUACCGCGAAGAAAGAUACCAUUCUGAAAAACAAACUCACGCGGCACCUUCUGUAACUAUAAAAGCGAAACAUGUAAACAAUCAAAAUCCUUAGUUUGAUUGACUUCACAUAUCCGCCAGAGCGACCCUGCAAACGUAACACUAACAAAGUAUUUUUUCGUCAAAAGACUAUAUAGGGGUAGGCCCUUAUACAGUGGAACCGCGAUAUAAAGAACCUACGAACGAGUUCCUUUACCCCAAAAAUAGUAAAAUAUACCCCAAAUCCUCUUUAAAGGCCCUCCUCUUAAAUAAGCUUCCUCGAAGAGAGGAGGAAACCUAAAAUGUUCGGAUUCAAAUGUGUGAUUGAGAGAGGCAUCAGAAAAAUUCUCACUUUCGUAAUACGUUAAAUUGCAGACCCUCCUGUCAAAUAAGCUCCCUCCCUCUAAUUAGCGUUCAUGUUCGAAGAAAGGAGGAAGCCUAAAACGUUCGGAUUCAAAUGUGUGAUUGAGAGAGGAAUAAGAAAAAUUCUCACUUUCGUAAUACGUUAAAUUGCAUCUAAAAUUUGUGGGAAAGGCCCUUGUAAUUUCGAAAAAACUCGAUGCAAGUUACCCUAGGAUGACCAAGCAGGUACAAAUUUUACAAUGCCGCUUAGACUGCUUUUCUAGAAAUCUAAAAGUACUCUAGGUACCCUAAAAAUUGUUUUCAAUGAAUUUAGAAGGAAACCGUGGUUGGGUGCCUCUGAAAUUUUGUCAGUCCCUUGGCCCUUCGUUAAUUGGAGGUUCCACUGUAGUCUCUUGUUUUCAAUCACGUUCGUUUCAAAAUACGUCUAUGAAUUCCACAUUUCUAUUCUUAGAAAAUGACAUUGAGGGGAAAAAAGCGCUAAGUCGUAGUCUGAAAUGUCAUCCGUCCCUUCCCCCCACCCCCUAAGGCGCCGCAGCCCGUCUCGGGGUGGGGCGAAGAAACGCAGAACAUUUCAGACUAGACAAGUCGGGGCUAGAAAACCUGCGUAACUUAAGAGCACCUCUUGUGUUUAAAGCAAAAUUUUCUGUAGUUCUGACAACCUCGAGCAAGGUUUGCAUUUCUGAGCAACGUUUGCCCAAAAUAUCGGCUUAUGGCACAUGUCAAGCCAGAAAAAGGGAGUAGUUUGAUAGAAAAUGUAAAGUACGACUGAACUGCGCCCGCAUAAGCGCCCCUAAUGACUCCGGCGUGAGGGGGAGGCUGGAUGGGGAGGGGAAACUCUGAAAUGGAGCAAAUGGGACCUAGCUCUAAGCAUACCGCCUACGUUUUAGUUGUGCGUUUGCCUUGGCAAUAAAUUUCGCCCCGUAGUUUCGAGCAACUCUUUAAAGGAGAUUGCAAGCCCGUAUAUUUGGGACCGUCAGGAACGCUCAGCGGUGAAACCAAAGAUCGCGCCUUCAAAAAACUUAUUUUGAUUUACUGAAAUCUGUUUUUUCUUGACCGUUUUAACUUAUCGUUAAGAGAGAAGAAAAAGGAAUCUCAUAAUUAGCGUUUGUAUAAAACUAUCAAGAAAAUUCGAAAUUCUGGAUUUUCUAAGAGAACAAAUACUUUCCAAAAAUUUAGGAGAAAGUCCCAGGACUGGAAAUAAAUUCCAUCAACUAUCCGAAGAUAUCCGAAUAUCUCGCUUUUCAACCCCACCUUCUUGCGCUUUAUUUUUGGGAGGAGUCAACAUUAGCAGCGCCAAAUGUUAUUUUUGUGUGUGCCUGGGUAUCUCACGUUAUGCUUACGCGUAUCCAAAGUCGAGACCUGUGUGCACGUGUUUUUCGUUGGUUCCAAGGAGUUUUACCCACAGUCAACUUCGAUCUUCGCUCCUUUUGCAAAAAUGGCGUCUGCAGACGCAGCAAAAUGGACGAAAGACAACUUGGGUACCCAGAGUGUGGACAAAGCACCAUUUUGUACCCGUGCCCGGGAACUAGUGUCCUGGCACUAGAUGUGAACGACCCCUAUAGCCUAUAAGGUCCUAACACUUCCUAGUCUCUUGUGGAAAAUAUUUUUUUGAUGUUACGUUUUCAGGGUCGCUCUAGCAGAUGAGUCAAUGAAACUAAGGAUUUUGAUUAUUUACAUGUUUCGCUUUUAUAGUUACAGAAGGUGCCGCGUGAGUUUCUUUUUCAGAAUGGUAUCUGUCUUCGCGGUGUAACCUGGGUCUCAAAGUUCUUUGUCACGCACGGGUCUGUUGUCAAAAAAUGUGAGGUAGGUCAAAAUGUUUCCCUUUUUUAUAGCUUUAACGAUUUGUUUCGUGAGAAAUGAGAGCCUUUUAUUCCGAGCGUAGCGACUUUAUACUCUUGUCGCGCGCGAAGCGCGCGCGCAGUCUGCUAACCGCGCGUGGUCUUAGCCAGCUGCCAAAUUCGAGGCGCAAUAUUAAAAUAAAUCUUUCUCUGAAUAUAUGCUUGUAGGCGCCAGUGACGUCAUGGAGCAUUUUGCGUUUCCAGGCAACAUAGACUUCGGGUGUGUUCCUUUCGGUGAAUCCAAAAACGGAUUUUAGAUCUAAGAACGGAUUUCGCGUUCCUUUCGGCAAAUCCAAAUCCGGAUUUUUGAUCUGGUGAAUCCUUUUUGAAAAAGGAUUCAUUGGAUUUGAAAUCCGAAGAAUCCAAAUCCAGAUUAACGGAUUAGUGAUCCACGCUGUUCCAUUCACAGUGGAUCCGAAAUUAGUCAGAUGAUCCAGCGGUAUUUCCAGUUGAAGUAUUCCCAUAGAGGCCGUAGAGUUUCCUCGUUGCUGCCAUUUGCCGCAAAACAUCUGAAAACACGAGAAGAUUGUUCCUGGUACAUUAAAAUAUCCAUAUACUAACCAUUUGUCUCUAAAGAUUGCUUGAAAUCAGAAAUAAGUAAAGGUAACAAGUGAACUGCUAUUUAACCAUAAACUCGCUUGUAGACGCGACAGGCACUCGAUCGUGUUACAUAAAAAAAUCUGAGCUAUGCAACUGGAUCAAACUGGCCGACAUUCUUUAGAUAAUUUUCAAUUUUAAUGCGCUUCUUUCUUUGUCUGUUUUAUAUGUUCCAUCGUCGCUAUUCGAACUGCUGACCACUAAAUUCUGCACGGUAUAAUCGCAUAAUUUGUCAAACAGUAAAAAACACGUCAUUUCUUGAGAGGCUGUCGUGCAUAUUGUACGCGUUGGCGAAAGGUUACCAAGGUUACAAAUCCAAUUUCGGAUUUCACGUUCCUUUCGACCGCGAAAUCUGGCAAAUCUAAGAUCAAAAAUCCGUUUUCCGAUUCGCCGAAAGGAACACACCCUUCGCCGCCGAUUACCAAGGCGCGUGAAACAGAGUUUUCAAGUUAUUGCAAUCGACACAUAAGCACAACAAGUGGCUCCAAAUCCUCGCCCUGGAAGAGUUAUUACCGAAACUCCUCUGGAGCGAGAAGGCCAACUUCAAAUUCAGCGUGAACAACGAAGGAGAAGACGUCAACAAGAAACCGCGAAGCAGAAGGAGCAUCGCUUUCUGGUCCUUUCUCGCUUAGCAGAGCGAAGGCAACGCCGACAACAAGAGACAGAGGAACAGGAGAUUGGAAUCAGAGGCAUUAUGAUCGUUUUAUACUGUCGAAAACUCAGACUGAUUUCUUAGUUUGCCGGUUUCCCCGCCGAUAUAUAGAUCAAAGUCUGUUUCACCUCUGUAUUACGGCCCGGAGAAUAAUAAUUUUCAGGCGAACUUUGUUCUUUGUUUUUGUCUUUUUCAAAAUCCGGACGCCGAAACAAUGCUCAAUCUGCUUUUCAAACACUGUUAACAAUGACACCACAUAACACGCAAAAAAGAAGAAGAAAAGAAAGAACAACGUAUGGACCUUUAAGACGAUAUUUGCUUUUGUUCACCCAUCCAGUUCGUAACCCCGACCGACAGGGCUUAACUUGAGUGACGUUACCAAACCGAAUUUCGCGAGGGUUAUUGCGAGAUAUGUGUUUCUAGUAGAAUAGCUACUGACACUAACGCCGUUUUGUGUUUUGUACAUAAAUGAUACCUGUUACAAAUACGGUAAAAGUAAACAAAUACGCACGUAAGGGAAGUGUAGUCAAGUAGUAUAUUCAUAGCUCACUUUCGCACAAUAAAGUUGCUUUUCCUUUUGAAAAUUUCCCACUGUGAAAUCUAGAAUCGCUUUUGGUGUUUAAACUGGCGGAAAAGGGGCGAAGUGCGCCAGCGUUUCAAGUGCUAUUUAAGUUCUCGCUUGUAUUCAUCAAUACAAGUGCAAGUUCAAAGGUCGUAAAUCACGCGAGUACCGUAAAUGUUUUCAGUUGUAAAAACUCGUAGUUUGAAUUGCCCCAGAAUUUUAUUUCACAGAUUGAUAGGGGGAAGCAUUGCUCUUUCUCUGGAAUACCAUUUUUCUAAUGAAAGCCAUGUACCAGGAAGAGAUUUUCGCCGUUGAAGAAUGGCAAAAUUGAUGGUCGCGAUAAUGCUGAUUUAGAGGGUAAUUUUGAAAAAAAUGUAAAAAAAUCAGAUUGAAAUCCUUUGAAAUUGUAACAACGUUUAGAUAGAAAGGAAGGAUCUUGAAAUUUUUUAACAAGAAAAGUCCUGGUAUUAGUUAACGUUUCCAUUCAAGAAGCGAGGGUAUCAAGCACAUUUUUAGCCUCCCCUCAGACGUCCUUUAGGGUUCGAAGGUGAAAAUGAAAAAAAUUGAUUAUUGUGGAAAAUAUUAAGUCAAACGAACUGAGUCUUAUAUUUUCUAAAAUAUUUUUCAAAGGGCUUUGUUGUGACAAAGUUUGGGGGAUUCCGAUUUUUCCAUCUUGCACACUUAUCCGUGGUAUUUACAGAAAGUCGCUCUUAAGUAACUUUUUUGGGUGCUUCCUUUAGCAAAUGCUCCAACCUCAGAUAAAAAGGACCUUCUGUCAGAACUUGAGUUGAUGAAAAAGCUAAAACCUCAUCCCCAUGUGAUCAAGCUGCUGGGUUGCGUCUCAGAAACCGGUAAGGAAUGUGUGAAGGGAGUUUCUUGAAAUUUGUGACAUAUAAGUUUUCGUAGUGAUGACUGUACUGCAAAUGAUUAGAAUGAUAGAAGUUAUUGGUGCGCGUUCAUUGGAAUAAAACGAAACGUUGACGCAACAAAAGUAUUCAAUUAUUUCCACAGAACUAGGUUGGUUUGGAACACCAAUAUAUGGCCUCUGUGAUGUUUGCUAUAUGGAACAAUUUAAUAGGCAGAAAAUACUAGAAUGGAUAUAUCACUGAGUUGAACAACGAGAAAAUUCCACAUUCCAUCUAAGGGUUUAAGUAGAUAACUUUAAUAGCUUACUUGUAAACUAAUAGAAAUGUCAGCAUAUUGAUUUCCAAAUGAAGAUAUGACCAUCUCAUGCUCCGCUCUAAUGCAAUGUCAUUGUUUUCGCAGUGAAACCUUGUUUAUACGGACACUUAGCGGACCCAAAAGAGUGUCCGUAAUGACGGGGUGUCUGUAUUAAGCGGGUUGAAUUUAGGGAAAAUAUAAGGGCUUUCUUUCCCCAGAGACGAAGCAAACUGUCCGUAAUAAUGAAGUGUCUGUAUUAAGCGGAUGUCUAUAAAGCGGUGUUUCACUGUAAUUCAGGGCUUUUUAUUUUCUGGCUUCUUUUCCAUUUCCUUAAUUGCAUCAAAACUGCGAUGAUCAUACCUCCAUUUUGAUUUUGUAUUAAUUGUCGCGGUUCACAUCAUCUUCAUUGAAAGGUACUAAAUUCAUUCUAUGUCCCUUCGUGCGAACAAACUCAUAAAUAUUCGCUCGGAGAGUAAAUCGGAUAUGUCAUAUGUGGAAACUCAGGCUUAAAGAUUUUUAUAACUUAAUAUUGGCUUCCAUAUAGAGCCGUUGUUGGUUCUUAUUGAGUAUGUACCGUAUGGUGACCUACUGGGCUACUUGAGGAAGAGUCGAGGACUGAACGACACGUACUUUAAGGACCCGGAUAUGAAGCCACAGACCAAUCUUACAGCAGAACAGUUAAUGAAAUUCGCUUGGCAGGUCGCAGAUGGAAUGUGUUACUUAUCCUCAAAAAAGGUUCGUUUUAAAUGUGAUUUAAACUAGAAGAAAUAAUUUGAAAUUGAGAACUGUUAUUGGAACUGUAAGAUAUUACUAACAUUUAGCAGCAAAUAAACCUUUAUGGAACAUAAGAUUGAGCACCAAAGGCUUUGAAGCUUAAAAUUUAGUCUUUGCCACGCGGCGGCCAUAGUUGUCUCAAGAGACUAAAGGGACUGGUUCACGAUAAUGCGCAUGUGUGAGUUCUGACAGUAGCUGAUUGUUUUUCAACCAAUCGGAAGCGAGUUAGAUGCAUGCAAGUAAAUUUACAAAAUUCAAAUUAAUUGUUCGCGACGCGAGAGUAUUUCCGGGCAUUUGGUUUGAUUUUAUUUAUCCCCAUAAUUCAAGUUUAUUCUUUGCUACUCCUCAGACAUACGUUGCAGCCGAUAAGAGUAAGAUGUACAGCCCUGUCCUGCUUUGAAACAAACAUUUACCAACGUGUAUUUUUACGAGGUCGUACCCACGCUAACAAAAUUUGUAAACAAACAUCUUAUUACUGUUCUCUCAGUUCGCCUUAUAUAAAUCCAGAAAUACCUACAAAUAGCACCUGACCGGUGACAAAAACGUACAACGUAUGAGUAUAAAGAUUAUCCCUUUAAUUGAGCAUAAAUUUCAAAUGCUUAUCAGCAAAUGAACAAAUUUAUUCGCGUUGCAUCGGGUCAGUGUUCCGCAAAACAAAUGUUAUCGAGUAGCACACAUAAGGAAACUAGAUUAUACACAGAAUACUCAGGCAAUGAUUCAUUUUAAAAACAUCAAUCUUAAACAUAUACGAUCGUAAAGCAAAGAUACAAGGAACAUUUCAAGAGUACCAGAUCGGUGAAGAUCGCGCGGCCUGUUGCGGUAUAACUACAGGUCGGAGUCAAAAAUCAAAUCACACUACUCCUAGAACCAUACCAGAUCGAUAGGCUAAACUUCUCUAUCUCCAAAGACUCUUGAGAACGUCCUGUUGCCGGACAGCCACGAUGCUCUUCUGAACCUCCAUGAUCAAAACAUUAUUUUUAGCGUCUUCUUAAGGUGGCUCGAUACAGUGUUUCAAGGCCAUUUUGGUCUACUUUAACAAAUUAGCGAAUAAUUUUUAAACCGCUUGAUAGAUUUUUUUAAAAAUUUAGGAUUCUUGAGAUUAACCUUCCUUUUCUAUGACCUUUUAGUUUCAAGGUUAUUGAUAUAUUGCAAAGCAGUAAAAUAAGGGAAAUCUCUAUUCCUCAUAAGCUCGGCUUCUCGGAGAUUUCCCCGCCACAGUCACUCCUCCCAAGUAAUGCACAAAUUUUAAAUUUAAUGUUAGUUAACCUAUUUAUUAUCGUUUUUAUUCUGCUUGUAAUUCAUUGUGUGUGGGAAAAUAAUAAAAUAAAAAUAAAAUAAAAUAAGGGCUACAAUUCGCCAAUAUUUUGGCAGAAAUUUUGUGUUUACAAAUGUGAGCCUCUCAUUACUCAGGGUAUUGUCUCCAAGUUUCAUAUUUUCGCGCAUAACAAUAGCUAGCUCACGUGAAAAAUGAACCUUGGAGACAAUGCCUUGAAUAAUGAGAGGCUUUCACUUGUAAUAACGAAACUUCCGAUAAAAAAGUAACGAAUUGUAGCCCUUAUUUUACUGCCUUACAAUGUAUCAAUAAUCUUGAAACUAAAAGGUCAUAUGAAAGAAAGGUUAAUCUCAAGAAUCUUAAAUUUUUAAAAAAAUCUAUCGAGCGGUUUAAAAACUAUUUGCUAAUUUGUUAAAGAAGACCAAAAUGUUUACAAAACCGCUAACAAGAGCGCUUCGAUACAUGCUAAUAAAACCCUUCUUUCUAGCAAUCGGCUGGAGCUAUCUCCAUGAUCUUCCACACACGUUUUUAAAAAGAUUGAAACUACUAUGAGGUGAAAUUGCAUGUAAACGGCGCUUCAUUUUGUACAGAUAACGACCAAACAACAAUAUUGUCUAUUUUUGUACUCUGUUUCUAACCACAAAAACUUCAUUCCAAAAUAUCUCGAUAACGCUCUUACAGAUUUCGCUUAAACUUCACGAACAUCGAGGCCGCUAUUGGAGGAAAAAGCUCCCGUGAAUGAUUUUGGAAGAACAGUUCCCAGUGCCGAGAUAUACUGCUGCAAGUAAAAUAGGCAAUAGCGUCAUUUCGUUGCUAUGACAACCCCAAUGCCGUUGCAACCCUGAUCAUAACAAAUUUUCAUCUUUAUUUAAAACAACUGUGGUGGCAAUUUUUCCAAAACUUUGUUUAUAACGACGUAGUUUAUGCUCAAACUUGGGAGGUAUUGGCCCUGAAAAACGAUAUCGAGCAACCUUAAAACGUAACCAGUCAAACGAAACAACCACACGUUAAUCACCACUACCGAAGUAUAACUAGACCAGCCAAAGCGACGGAUGUCCGAAUAAAACGAAGGACUUUCAAUGAUUGUACCGGUAAUGGCGAUUUCGAAUUUAGUGUUGACCCGACAAAUUUAUUCUGAAGAGACAAACGGCGCGCAUGCGCAUUAUCGUGAACCAGUCCCUUUAAAAAAGCUUAGUACUUGCACAGCAAGCCUCUUUCUGACUGCGAGGCUAGCCGUGCAAAUACAAAGCUUUUUUAAUCUCCAGGGACAAAAUGGCCACCGCGUGACAAAGGUUUAUUCUAAACAAAACAUAUAUAGAGGAUAUUACACGGUGGAGCCAAGAUAUGAAUUUUAUUUUCGAGUGGCAAAACAAUACAAUUUUACGAACGAGCGCAGCGAGGGAGUAAAAUAUUGUUUUUACCACGAGAAAAUAAAAUUCAUAUCUUCACGCCGCCUUGUAAUGUACUUUUUAUUUAUAUAGACAAAAAGACAUCGAUAAAAUAAUAGAUUGUUAUUCGCCAAAAAGUAAUUGCGAAGGCUCAAAUUUACAGUACAGCAAUAUGACAUUGGUUACAAUAAUCUUGAGAAAUAACACACUGAGCUGAAUAGGGCUCUACAAUGACAAAAUAUAAGCAACGCUUUGAAAAAUGUGGAAGUAAAAUUCAAAGACGCAAGACGCCUACAAAUGUUGAAGGGAAAUUACCGAAAUUACGUCAUCGAUAAACUCACGUGUGAGAUUAUGGACAAUAAAGCACUCGGGUCCCGGAAGUAGUUUCUAUGAAUUUUACGAGUGGUAUAUUUUCCAGUAAAACACUCGUGUCUAUAUAAUAAGCUCAGAUAAUGAAUAUCUCUAUCAGAAGUUACGUAAACGAAGUUGUCCAGAGAUACCUAUCAUGUGGGUGUGAAGUUGGAAAAACCGAGAUUUUUGGAGUCGAGCCAGCCCACCCUCUUGUUUAAACUCAUCGAGAAUACAUUAUUACAAAGGAUUUAGGGGUAAAGCAAGAUCUCGGAAACCGGGCACAUGUGAAGGGGCUCUAAGGAUAGGUUAAAAAAGACUUAAUUAUUUUAAUCCAAAUUUUGAAAAAGCCCUUAUAAAAAAAAUGUCUUGUAGAUUAUCCAUCGUGACUUGGCAGCGAGAAAUGUUCUGGUUGGUGAAGGAGAAAACUGUAAGGUGACAGAUUUUGGAAUGGCAAGGGAUGUACAUUUGGAAGACAUCUACAACAAAACGAGUCGCGUGAGUUCAACGAAGCACACAGUUUGAUUUUAAAUCAUGUUGGGUGUUAUCACAAACUUGCUUGGGAUCUGUAGUCGGGAGUUCAAAUUGCUACUUUGACAUCUCCAGUAUCCUUUUAAGUUAGCGGCGUUUAAAAGGUUGCUGGGAAGGUAAUUUAAACAACCAAAACAUCAACAUAGGGCGGAAAUGAAAUUAAAUUGUAAAAAAAACUUGAGAUUGAUAUUAAUUUGAUUGUUUUCUAAGGGGCGUCUGCCGGUGAAAUGGACUGCUUAUGAAUCAUUGAUGUAUGGUACAUACACUACACAGAGUGACGUGUAAGUACUUUUUGUAUGGAAGUAAACAUUGCUUCUUUUUUUUACGUUAAGCAAGGAGAAUGUUUUUUUUUUCAGUUGAGUCAUGCACAAGGCUGUCUUAUGUUUCGUUUUAGUCAAUGUACCUAAAACAAAUGUAACGAAUUUUACGUUCAAAAAACUUUAACGAUGAUCAUCUCAACAAAAUGAAAAAGAUUUACUUGUGCUGCUUGUAACGGCUUGGAAACUAAAAUUUGAUAUGAUUUUGUUUUGAAUAAGGGUACGGGCAUGAUUUUCAGUUGAACAUGCCUAGCGAGCGUAAAAAUUGCAUCCAGUCUGAGGAUUAAUGAGAGAGGGAAAAUUUUAUAUAUUUAGGCAUGACAAAAUUCAAGGGGACAUUGGUACUUAGAAAUAACAUCUCAUAGGCAUGGAAAAAAUGGGUUCAUGCCCUCGCAGCCCAAAAUUGACCCAGCUAGACUUAGGUCGCAGAUCUCUCGCCGGGUUGAUAAUUCAUUCCCAGUUUUUUGCAUGCCGGGCAUGCCGAUGGUGAAGACAGUUGGUUUGGCAUGCCCGGCAUGCCAGGCAAGAAAUUGGCAUGCCCAGCGAGACUGAUUUUGAUGUUCGCUUCAGCAUCAUAUCCUGAGAAUCACAUAUAAUCGCCAAAUAUAUCUUAGGGAGCUUGAAGUUACAGGUUUCAUGCCUGGCAAUAAAUGCAGAUUAUAACAGAAAAAGUCAUGUUUGUCACAAUGUGUAUCACGGGAUCGACUGGCAAAACUGAAGACAGAAGCCUGGAUUUAUAAAUAAAAAGCACAACAAAACAACACUAUUCAUGCAUAAAAUAGAAUAUUUAACUUGCAAUCAAAGAUUAAUCCUUUUAUUUCAAACCGAUACUGACAUUUCUGGGUCCAGAUUUAAAUUUGAUCGCGGAAAAGCGUCUUAAACAAUAAGAUAACAAAUCUUCUCAGUAUAAACUUAUCCAUGCUUAAGUUUUAUCGCGUCGGAAUGUUUCCCGGUCAACAGCAUUAAAAGACUGGUGAAAAUUAAGCUUACCAGGUCGUUCAAGUCAGUACGAGAGUACGACGUUAAUACUGCAAAGACGUUCUGAUUUGGUGAAUUUGGACUGCCUUCUCAGAGAGAUUUUGCUUAGUUUUUCAGUGCGCUUCUUCUCGGCUAUGCGAAUCUCGCAAACUGUUUUACUCCUUGCUGACGAUAGUCCUUUGAGCAACGUCAUCUGCGCCAUCCGAAGAUACCACGAGCACGCACGAAAUCGGCCGAAUUUCCGCAGAAGUGUUUUCGGAUGACGAUGAAUCUAGUUUGUUGUAGCGUGGCAGUUGUGGCGUUACGAUGUCGUCAUGUCUCUUCGCACUUGUUUGUCUUUUUUUUCUGCGGUGUAUGGUUGAGAUGUUGGUGAAUGCUGGACAAGAAAUGGAUUCUGCGAGAGACUGUAAGUACAAAUUUAGUAUUAAUUUGGUAAAGAAAAAGCCUGAAUAACGAACAAAUCCCGUGAAUUAGCCUUUUGGCAUUCAGUUUAUCUUGCUGUUUAGCAUGCCUAAGAACUCCGGCAUAAGUGGUUGUCAACUCGUUCACUUCGGAUUGUUUGUGUUUGUAUGUCUUGUAAUCUUCUUCUGCUGCUAAGAAGACUAGAGAAAACUUCAAAAAUAUAGAAACCAAAGCUAAAAAAAGUCAGAUCUAAUUUUAUAGCUCGAGUAUAAUUAUUUUUGGCACCUACGGUCAUAUUUUUUCACUGUACUGGUAAAGUUACUUAUUUUUGCUGCAUAGUUUGACUGUUGUUUGAAAGACAAUCAAACGGAUAUUACAAUCACUUUUGGAGACAAAAUAAAAUACCCGUAAAUCAAAUGCCAAAAUCAGAUUUGGAUUUCGUUUUAAAAAAAUGAACAUGUUGCAGGUGUCAAUGCAAAGUUGUAAACAACUAAAUACAAGCAGUCUGUGAAUGUGCGUUUAGGUCCACAAAACUAAUUUUUCUUUUGGACAUCUCAUCCAAGCAAAGACUUAAGGCUUACAUUGCUUGUCUACGAGUGUAUUACAAAAUGCUUUGCUACAGUAAGCCUCUGAGAGGCGAUUCUGGUAAAUUUAUAGGACGCUAAAAUGCAAAUAAUUCUAAGCUUAAACAACCUGCUGGGUCCGACUUUUGAAUUACAAAAUGUUCACGUUUGCCGGCUCUACCUUAAAUGAACAUGGUUUUUGAAAUGAUUUUGUACUAUUUUAACCCGAAAAUUAUGAUUGGGUUAUAAAGCUUUUAAAACGGACGAAAACUAAGCUAAUAAACAUGUUCAAUGUAAAAAACUAAGAUUUAGUCGCUUUUUCAACUUUGCUUUGUGGGCCGAAAAAUUUACCUUUACGCAAAAACAAAAGCAAACAAUGAGGCUUUUAUUCGACAUAUUUUCUGAGAAUUUUAUCUGAUCAAUUUAAUGUCACUAGCAUUGUUUUGGUAUAGGAAUUUUCCUUAUUAUAUGAGCUUUUAAUUUGAUAAUUUUAAUACUCUAUAAACUUCUCAUUUGAUAGCUUCACUUUUUUAUACACCGAUUGAGAAACAAAUUCGCUCUCCUUAAAUCCUAUUUUAUGACCUAUUUAUUAGAACUCUAGGUAACAUACGAAAUGAUGUAACCGGACAGGCUUUAACCUCUGGUCCUAAGUUAUUUUUUCUUCGCAACCCCUAAUCAGUUGACGGGCCGUGGGAGAAAAUCGCCACAAAAAGAUGCGAAAAAGUUUUCGCUGAGUUUCAUUUACAUAUUCCGGCUUUAUAUGGGUGUACACCUUACCUGCUUAAAAAUGAAACUGUUGUUCAAUUAAGUGUCAGUCAAACUCGGUAUAAUCUUGACUUGCAAAGCAGUAGUAGAGCGUGUAAACAUCAUCGAACAACGCAAUGUAAAUUGGCUAAUGUGAAACCACGUUUCUUUCAAUUUAUUUAGCAUGCAUUUAUCUCAAUUGCACACUCUUGUGAAAUUAGCCUCAGACAAUGAGACCCUGUUUACAUGGAGUGGGGGACCCCAGCCUAGUGGGGUACGUUUCUUUUGUUUUGUGUCCUCCAGAGCGUGAAAACAAAAGAAACCAACCCCACUAGACCGGGGUCCCCCACUCCAUGUAAACAGGCCCUAAUUAGUUGCGACCUUGAACAGACUCAACAAGCCAAUAUGAAAAUAUGUUAAGAGCAAGCUGAGCUCUACAGGUUCUAUUUCUUUUUCUUUUUUCAUAUUGCCCUUGCAUGUCUUAACAUUCCAUUUCUUUUUUGUUACAGGUAACUUCCAGACAUGAAGAGGAGAUAAUUACUUUUCUAGAGAGCAAUUCUUUGAUACUGUCAGUUAUUACUGACGUACUUUGAGUUAAAAACAAAGAACACAGACACUGGUAAUGACACAAAAACAUUAAUCCCUGGCAAGCCUACAAAACAAGAAAGAGGAACUCAGACUCCUUAUCAAAAUGUGAAACAAGAUAAAAACAGCUUUUCUAACGUAGGGAAAAUUGCGUUAGAGAGAUUUUAAUUGCAACGUUAUAUUCAAGCACAUUGCAUUGUCAAACAUCAUAAUUUUAAUACUGAAUAAUGAACAGUGAUUUUGGGGCUUAGCUCAGUUUGUAAUGAACUUUGAAAGAUAUUCUAUAACCUUGUAUUUUUAAAAGCUUUCAUGGAACAUAGAUGCAUUGUAUUAUACAAUGAAAAUAGUCUCUGUCUCUAUUUUUACUGAUUUCAGUCAAUUCCAUUUUAUUGGCAAUGUGAAAUGGGAAUCCUAUUAAAGACUCAUUAAAAGGGGUAAGGAGUUUUUACAAUCCCCCAACAGGUCAUCUCCACGAUUACGCUGUUUUAUUACUACGGCAGAAUCCCUCGUGGUUUUACUUUCUUGUGAAAAUUAGAGCUUUUGUUCUUUAAACGUUGCUGGGACAACCAAAUCUAUGAAAAUGAAAGGAAUAGCAAUGACGUCAUCGUGUAACCGUACAUCAAAAGAUAAGCACUGUGAUCUGUUUAGUUUUUUUUUAUUUUUUAGCCAGGCUUAAAAUAUCUGUAGAUUCAAGGAAUUAUAACGUGCGUUGAGAGCAUGCCAGAGACCGAUUUUGUCAUGCCCGGCAUGACCCAGAUUAUGGCACGCCGGGCAUUCCAGAGAAUUUGGCAUGCCGGGCAUGCCAGAAAAUUUGGCAUGCCCGGCAUGCAAGAGAUUUUGCUGGGUAUGAAUUACUUAUUACUAGAACCUAGGCUUCUCGCGGCCUGGGUGAGAAGGUCACGGAACCUCAAAUUAUGCUUACAGGGCAUGCGAAAUUCUGUUGCAUGCCAAUUUCAAUGCAAAACCACUCUGGGGCCACCCCCUCUAUUAUCAGUGAGCAAAUCAUUGACGAUAGGCAUGGGAAAAAUCCUUGCAUGCUAACCAACAUUGAAAACGUAGCAGAAAUGGCCUCAAUUGCUGAGUCAUGCCCUAGGGGAGGCUUUAAAAUACAGAAUUUCCUGACAUGAAUGAGGGAAUUUUCCGUAAACAGCAUGUGAUCAUGCCGGCUAGGGCCUAUUGCCUCCCUAUUGCCCCUUUUUACGGCUAGCUAGGCUCAUUUUUAGGUUCCAUGGCCUAAAAUGACGAAAAAUUCAUGCCCUAAAUAUAAAAAGUCCAAAAACGUCCUCGAAAUUUUAGUUUCCAAGCCGUUAUGUGCAGGUGGCAUUCUACGAGUUCAAAGGUGACUGUAGCUUUUAGAAAGCCGGUGCACGCGCCUUGUGCUUAUCAUUUUAGAUCUGACGCUGUUUUUUUUGUUGUUGUUGUUCUAGCUGGAGUUAUGGCGUCUUACUUUACGAGAUUCUUACUGUUGGUGAGUUGGGAAAAUUGUUCAGUCUGUUAGUUAGUUAUUGUUUAUUCUAUUCUGUUUUUUUUUUCAUUGUUCGUAUUAAAUAUGUAGAAUUGAUCCAAAAUGAAACAGGCAAACUCCAUGUACCUUUCAGUAAUCAUAUCGGGACGACGGCAAACAAAAAAUGCUUAUAAUCCGUUAUUAUUGUCUUUUUAAAUAAUAUUCUCUGAAAGUGUACUGUUAUUAUAAGAAGCAAAACAUUGUAACACUCAGUCAGAGCAAAGGUUUAACGAUUCGAAUUUACAUUUUUUCAAAUCGCGUAAACUUUUCUAAUUGCAUGUCCUCGCUAGUGCAGAAAAACAUUUUUUCCGUCAUGUACUCUUUUUCCUAGUAUAGCUUUAUUUCUUCCAGGUGGAUCUCCAUAUCCGGAUAUAAAUGCCCGUUUAAUCGCCCAGAAACUUCAGGAAGGAUACAGAAUGCCAAAACCAAAACACGUUGAGAUUAAACUGUGAGUUAUAAUACGAGUAGGGAAAAGGAAGUUCUAAGAAAUUAGAAAAAAAUAUAAGUACGGAUUCAGUUCUAAAAAAGUAGUACCCAUGCGAAGACAAUUAGGUUUCCGUAACUGUUCCUGCGGAUUUAGAUCCUCAGGAAAAAGUGCCCCACCCCCUCAUCCAGAGCCUAAUAUAAGAGGGGGGCGACCUCGUUAAUAACUCUUAUCGGCUUCUCAGGGGUUCAAAUUCGACCAAAAAAAACGGGGUCCAGGCCCCUCCCUUAUUUCCGCAAGUGAUGUAGUGAUGGGUAAUAUGUUUUUCUCGAUUAGCUAUCAGAUUAUGCUUGACUGUUGGAGGGAAAACCCAGUGGAUCGUCCUACGUUUGAAAGACUGAGGAACACAAUGAAGGAGAUGGAGAGAAAUCAUAAGGUAAGAAGAGUGAGAACUUUCUUUAAAAGGGAGACUAAAACGAUCAGAAAUACGAAAGAUCUGUAAAGGGAAUAAACUAAGCAUUAUUCACGGGCUGAAGAGGAGUGUGUAGGAGAUUGUGUAGCACUUCCCUCCCGUCCUCUUAUUAAAUAUUAAAUUGGUGGCUACAUUUAUUUUUCAUUCCGCCCUUUUUCUUCAGAAGCAGUUAACUUUAAAACAUCUAUCCAUUACACUACGUGCAUUACAGACCAUACUGCUACAAACUGCCCGUUGAUCUGGUUAGCUCAUUUGUUUGAGUGUCAGAAAUUAGAAGGCAUAUAGGGCCCUAAAAUAUUCCACAUUUUGAUCUCGAUCCCUCUCAAGCAGGAUUACCACGGAAAAAUGUAUACCUCUCAAUUUUUAUUUUCACUUAAUCGGAAUCUGUAGAAUUUUAAACCACUAGGUAUGUAAAAAUAAAACGUUUGAUAGUGACCACUCUUGGUGUGCCGCCGUCCUUAGCCUUGGGUUGAUAAUCUGAAGAAAGAGAUUCCAAGAUGGGGAUAACUUGUCUGUCUUCCUUCAGUAAUUGCCUUUGAGGUCGAAUGUGACUGUAUAAAAAUCCCACCAUCUGGUGCCUUUUACGUUUUUGCAUUUCUCUUAUUUCCUUUUUUCAGACAUAUGUCAACCUGAAACAAUAUGACCACAGCCUUUACGCUAACUUAAACGACUUGAAAGCUGUGUGA